AUGGGAUUUUUGACCAGAAAUAGCAUCCGGUGGUUGUUGAAAGCAGCAGCCAUUUCUACUUCUUCCACCACCUCCUCCUCCUCCUCCUCCUCCUCCGCUCUUCUUCUUCUUCUUCAUAGUAUUAUUCCUAUUUCUUCUUCAAAUUCCUCUUCCGCCACACACAAAUUGUCCUACCCCUUAUCCCAUCGCCGCCACUGCUACACCUCCUCCGCUAUGGGUGACGUCACCGCCGAUUCCAACAUGGACGCUGUCCAGAGGCGCCUCAUGUUCGAAGACGAAUGCAUCUUGGUUGAUGAGAAUGACCGCGUUGUUGGCCAUGAUACCAAGUAUAACUGCCAUCUCAUGGCAAAGAUUAAUUCUGAAAAUCUGUUGCACAGAGCUUUCAGUGUCUUCCUCUUCAAUUCAAAAUAUGAGUUGUUGCUUCAGCAACGAUCUGCUACUAAGGUGACCUUCCCAUUGGUGUGGACAAACACCUGCUGCAGCCAUCCCCUCUACAGAGACUCUGAGCUUAUUGAAGAGAAUGCCCUCGGGGUGAGAAAUGCUGCUCAGCGGAAGCUGUUGGAUGAACUCGGCAUCCCUGCCGAAGAUGUUCCGGUCAAUCAGUUCACUCCUUUGGGACGUAUGCUCUACAAAGCACCGUCUGAUGGCAAGUGGGGAGAGCAUGAACUUGACUAUCUCCUCUUCAUUGUGCGGGAUGUCAACGUGAACCCUAAUCCAGAUGAAGUAGCUGACGUGAAGUAUGUGAACCAAGAUCAGUUAAAAGAACUACUGAGAAAAGCUGAUGCUGGUGAAGGGGGUGUGAAAUUAUCCCCGUGGUUCAGAUUGGUUGUCGAUAACUUCUUGUUCAAGUGGUGGGAUCACGUUGAGAAAGGGACUCUCAAGGAUGCAGCUGACAUGAAGCCUAUUCACAAAUUAACUUAA